UAGGCAAUGCAUCCCUCAGUUGCAUAUUGGAACCAUUCACUAUUUCAACAAUGAAGUGUGCAGCUUUAAUUACACUUGUAAUUCUCACAUCCUUUGCAGAUUGCCAUGAUGUUUGGCGGCUAAAAAGAGAUGCAGUACAUAACCCCAUAUGCGACCAUGUGACUGCUGUGACACCUGAAGGGUUUAAAGCCAUGGUUUUGGUCGGAUUGUCUCAAAACCUACCCAAAAGUACUUAUGAAGAACUUCUUCCAUUGGUUCGACAGAUUGCAACUGCUGCAAUUGCUUGUUGUGAUGAGGGAGCAAGUGCUGAUUGUUCAAAAGACGAGUUAGACCUUUUCCAGAGUGCAAUUUGUGCAUCUGAUGAAGUGACCCAGAAAAACCUUCUUGAGGAUUGCUGUGUCAAGACUGGGGCUGACAGACAUCACUGUUUCCUUGAACACAAAAAACAUAUUCCAAUGGAAAGUACUGUUCACAAUAUUCCAGGAAAAGACACGUGCGAGGCUUAUGAAAGAGACCGAGUAACAAUUAUGGGACAUUUUAUCUACCACUUUUCCAAAAAACAUGUUUUGAUGCAGCCUCAGGUGGUACUGGGGAUUGCUAAGGGCUUUGAGGGCAUACUUCAAAGUUGCUGCCAUGAUGAUGAUAUAAACAAAUGCUUUCUUGAAAAGGGUACUGCUAUGAAACAUACUGUUGAAAAUCGUAUUUCCCAGUUGAGAUCUAUUUGCUUGGUUCAUAACAAAUAUGGACUUAGGAUUAUAAAGGCCAUAAAAAUUGUCAAGUAUAGCCAGAAGUUACCACAAGCCACAUUUGAAGAAGUUGCAAAAAUGACAGAGCAAAUUGCACAUAUGGUAACCACUUGCUGUAAGGGUGAAAUGAUCAAAUGUAUGAAAGAAAGGAAACAAUUAGUGGAUGAUGUCUGCUCAAACGACGAAAUCUUGUCUAGAACCAAGCACCUGGCAGAUUGCUGCAAGCUUUCGAUAAUCGAGCGAGGGGAUUGCAUUGAAAAGAUGGAGCCUGAUGACAAACCCACGGAUCUCUCAGCAAAAGCUGACAGUUUCAUUAAAGACAAAGACAUUUGUGAAAGAUAUGCCCAAAAAGGUGAUCAGUUCCUGGCAAGAUUUAUUUAUGAGUAUUCAAGAAGGCAUCCAGAGUUGUCUGUUCAGGAGAUUUUAAGGGUCGGCAAAGGAUAUGAAGCCAUUCUGGACAAGUGCUGCAAAACUGAGAAUCCCCCAGAAUGCUACGGGGGCGUGGAGGAGGAGCUGGCACUGACUAUUAAGAAACACAUUCUUCACUUUAAACAAAUGUGUGCAGCCGAGAAGAAAUUUGGAGAAGAAGGUUUUGAAAAGUUAAUGCUUAUCCAGUAUACAAAGAUAAUGCCCCAGGCACCUUAUGAAGGGCUGAUGAGAGUUGCACAUAAGAUUGCUAGAAUUAUUGACAGUUGCUGUAGUAGAGAUGAAAGCCAUUUAAUGACAUGUGCUGAAGAACUGUUGACCAACGCCAUUGAUGAGACCUGCUCAGAAACAAAUCCCGCAGAUAUAAAUGAACAUAUUGACCACUGCUGUAAUGAAUCAUAUUCGCAACGGAGGAUCUGCAUUCUUGAGAUUCAGCCUGACACAACGUUUGUACCUCAACCAUUCUCACCUGAUAUGUUCCAUCUGGAUCACCAUAUGUGUGACAUGAAACCUAAAGAAUUAUUUGCAACCACGACUAGGCUUCUGUAUGAUUUGGUGAAACUGAAAACUACAAUGACAAAGGAACAAUUAAUGGCAAUCGUUGUUGAGUUCCAACUUGUGAAAGAAUGUUGCGCAGAUGUUGCUAAGGAACUAUGCUUCAGAACUGAGGGAGCAAAAUUGAUUGAAAAAAGCAAAGGAAUACUUGGCCUAUAAAUGGACUUAAGGUGCCACUGUUGAUGACUAAAAUGGAGCCAACUGUCCUGCAUCUUCAUUUAUGUAAUGGAAUAUAUCUGUAUUCAAAAUCAUAAGAUGUAAUUUACACACAUUGCAUUUCUGUAUUGUCUCAAAUGCUUUAUCUUGUCAUGUACUAUUGUUAUUGACACAGCUGUGCCGUCAUGAUGAUCACCACCAAUAAUAAAAAGUAAAUCAACAUCAA